AAAAAACCUCUUCUCUUCUCUUCUCUCCCCUCCCUUUAGAUUUCAGGUUUUCUUGCUCUCUAGCUCUCUUAGGACUGAGGUUCUGUUGGUUUUGCAUCAGUAGUUUAGAUAUUUAGCUAUUUUCGCUCUCUUUUCUUGCUCCCCUCUUGUGGGUUAGUCUCGUUUUUGAGUUUUGAUUUCUAAAGUCAAGAUCUCGUAGAUCCCAAGAUUUUCUUUUCUUGUUUAUUAAGGCUGCUACUCUGCCAAAAUCCUGUCAAAAUCUUGAUGCUGCUGUUUUGGAUCUUAAUGUUUGAGAUUCAUGUCUCCAGUUGUCAGUGAAAUCAUCCGGUCCGGGUUUAUGAUCAAUUCCUCUUUCAGACGCAGGACCCAUCUUGUUCAAUCUUUCUCGGUUGUGUUCCUUUACUGGUUCUAUGUUUUUUCAGAAAUAAUCUUUCAACUCUGCCUGGUUUAUAUUAUAUAAUAAGUAGUAGAAUAUAAUUGUUAUCUUUAACAGUUUGAAAUCUGUAAGGUUAGAACAAUAUUAAAGAUCUCAUUUUUAUUGAGAUUUGUUAUUGGUGGUACUAUUUUUGGUGUGUGUGUGUAUAUAUAGUCUUUGUGUAUCUAUAUGGCAUCCUCCAGUGGGGAUUCCUCAGGUUUCACUCAGCUCCAAAACUCAGGCUCUGAAGAGAAUACGCAGAUGAUGUUGGUGGAUCAAAGGAAAAGGAAGAGAAUGCAAUCAAACAGAGAAUCUGCAAGGAGAUCCAGGAUGAAAAAACAGAAGCACUUGGAUGAUUUAAUGGCUCAAGUGACACAACUAAGGAAGGACAAUAACCAAAUCCUUACAACCAUCAAUGUCACAACACAGCACUACUUGAAUGCUGAAGCCGAGAACUCUAUUCUAAGGGCACAAAUGAUGGAACUGAACCAUAGACUUGAUUCUCUCAACGAGAUCCUCAAUUAUAUCAACACGAGUAAUGGGAUUUUUGAAAAUGAUCAUCACGAGGAUCUCCAAACAAGUGCUGAUCAUAGCUUCAUGAAUCCAUUAAAUCUGUUCUAUCUUAACCAGCCCAUCAUGGCAUCCCCAGAUUUGUUUCAGUAUUGAUCAUCAUCAUCACCCCCACCAUCCCCAUGGGUUGGGAAUUGGUCAAUCCAAGGCUGUCUUGUUCAGGCGCAAUAAGUGGAGUGGAAAAAGGAGGGCCUUUCUUUUUUUAUGUUGAAUAUUAGUUUAAUGAGGACCUAGAAUGAAGUAAUAUUAUGAUUAAUGAGAGUGGUGCAUUGAGCAAAAAAAAAAAAAAUGCACCUAGAACAGGGGAAAUUGAUUGGUAUUUUGGCAAUUUGGCUUGUAAGUUGUAAUGUGUCGCUAUAAAUAUGGUGUGCAAGGCCCUGGAUGUGUGUGUCAUAAUGUCCUGUCUCUUCUGAACGGUAAAUUAAUGAUAUUAUUUCUAAUAAUUGGUGUGGGCUA